GUCGCAGUCGACGAAGACGCGAGAGGCCUCAGAUACAGCAGACGAGCACGUGAAAAUUAAACAAAGAAACGAGACUAGUGAAGAACAACAAAAACCAAAGUCAAGCGUCGUGACAACGUCCAUCGUGAUUCACCAGUAGCGGCGGAUCUUAUUUACUAUACGCCGUCGGUCGCUGCAUCGCCGGUAACUACUAGGAGGCGUACGUAGGAAAUUAGAAGCACCCAACGGAAGUUACUACGUAGCAGCGAUAUUCGUGAGCGCAGCCUUGGAGAUCAGGUCGAAGACGACGAGGAGCAAGAAUCCCAGCAUCAAGAGGAGCUCGGUCUUUACCCUGCACGUGGCAGGGACGUCAUGAACCUUUCAUGGAUGCAGAAACUGCUUCCACGUUCGUCGGAUAACAACUCGACUCCUCAGGCAUCACCUCAACACAAGUGUAACGCUAAUCUAUGUCCAAAUACGCCAAGAAAACUCAACCAGUCACCUCAUCAUCGGCCUGUGCUUCCGGAUGGAAAUGGUUGUGGCGAGAGUGUAUCAUGGGGUAUGAGUACAGAAGAAUUUCGAAUAAAGGGCCGAGAAAUGGUCGAUUAUAUCGCCGAAUAUCUCGAGAACAUUGGCCAAAGACGAGUGACUCCCAAGUGCGAACCUGGAUACCUCAAAGAUUUGCUUCCGCGGAAGGCACCUUAUAAACCGGAAAAUUGGGAUAUAAUCAUGGCGGACUUCGAAAAGUACAUCAUGCCAGGAGUGACGCACUGGCAGCAUCCCCGAUUCCAUGCUUAUUUUCCGGCAGGAAACAGUUAUCCAUCAAUUCUUGCUGACAUGGUCUCCGACGCUAUCGGAUGUGUUGGUUUCAGCUGGGCCGCCAGUCCGGCAUGCACCGAGCUAGAGAUUAUCAUGCUCGACUGGUUGGGAAAAAUGAUUGGUCUUCCAGAAGACUUUCUCUGUCUACAUGGUGACAGCAAAGGUGGCGGCGUUAUACAGACGUCUGCGUCGGAAUGCGUCCUGGUAUCGUUGUUAGCGGCACGUUACGACUCAAUUAAAAAAGCGAAACUUAAAUAUCCCACUCUGGAUGAUUACGCGAUUUUGCCUAAAUUAAUGGCCUACUGUUCGACCGAGUCCCAUUCAUGCGUCGAGAAAGCUGCCCGGAUCGGCUUCGUAAAGCUCCGCAUUUUAGAUACAGACCUGAGCAAUCGGCUGCGCGGGAACGUUCUUGCAAGAGCCAUCAAAGAGGACAAAGCGGCAGGAUUAAUACCCUUUUUCGUAUCGGCAACGCUCGGUUCAACAUCAUGUUGUGCGUUUGAUCCUCUUGAUGAGAUUGGGCCAAUUUGUAAGCAGGAGGAUAUAUGGUUGCACGUCGAUGCGGCUUUCGCUGGUUCAGCUUUCAUAUGCCCCGAGUUCCAGCACCUCACCGAUGGUCUUGAGCACGCGAUGUCCUUCAAUACUAAUCCGAACAAGUGGAUGCUGGUCAACUUCGAUUGUUCAACUAUGUGGGUGAAGGAUCGAUUUAAACUAACGGAAGCAUUGGUUGUGGACCCUCUAUACCUUCAGCAUAGCUAUUCCGACAAAGCCAUCGACUACAGACAUUGGGGCAUUCCUCUGAGUCGUCGAUUUCGCUCGCUGAAGCUAUGGUUUGUCAUCCGUCGCUACGGUGUCGAGGGACUACAGCGCUACAUCCGUGACCACGUACGGCUUGCAAAAAAAUUUGAGUGCCUCGUUAGGCACGACGAGCGUUUCGAAGUCGUCAACGAGGUUAUCUUAUCGCUCGUAUGCUUUAGACUCAAGGGCAGUAAUGCGCUGAACAAGAAGCUUCUAACAAUGAUCAAUGCCAGCGGCCGCCUGCACAUGGUGCCCGCGUCACUGCAUAACCGCUUCGUGAUUCGGUUUUGCGUAUGUGCCCAGAAUGCAACUGAUGAGGACGUGGCGCACGCCUGGGACGUCAUCUCGCAAACGACCACCGAACUACUCGAGGAAACGGAGUAUGAGACUGCCGAACCGGACGAAGUCUUCAUUCUCGACAAGAAACGCCAUUCGUUGCGGUACAAAAGAUCAUUCUUUGUGCGAAUGGUUUCUGAUCCGAAGCUAUACAACCCAAAAAUCGUACGCGCGCUCUCCGAUAACGAGAGCGUUAACAAGGGUGAUGCCGUCGACGGAGCUGCCAAGAAAAUGUCGUGUUCAGCUGAGAAGCUGCAAAAUAUUUCCUGCACUCAACAAAACGUCGGCUAGACAAUGCUUUAUGCCAAUGCCACCAAAUGACACUUGCAACAUUAAUGAAAACAAAUAAAUGUAUCUUGUUCUGGCGACGACGGUUCGAUGAAGCCAAGCCUGUAUAGUAAACACUUCGUUUGUCUCGUGAACCUAUCCGGCAAAGUGGAGGGUCAAAGUUAAAGGUCCAAAGCACACUGUUGGCGCUACGCUUCGUUGGUCAUUAUUUGGGGCUAUCGAUGUCCGCCCCAUGCAGUACCGUUGUAAAAUGGGUCUUUGGAUUUAGUUUCUAGAGCCCAUAUAAUACUGAGGUGAAUGUGGGACAGAGCGCAGAGCUUGCAGUGUGUGUUACUUUGGUUCAAUACACGAUUGGGCUAAAGUUCGGCCCAUUAACGUAGUCCAUAUCUUGGACCGGGCUCAAUUGAGUUAACCAAAAAUCCUAUUUGCUGUGUGAUAAAUAACACAAACAUCGACUAUGACAAAUAAUAUCAACAUUUAUUUCUCGCUCGCGAUUGAUAUAAUAACGUUCAAGGUGGGUUUAAAAUGACACACAAACUAACCAGCCGUAUCUAUCGAUAGUUUAUUUGAACGAGCUGUAUAAUACUACGAAGACUUCCCAAUUCCAUACUUACUGGAUAAGGAACACGAAUUGCAAACUUCGAUAGGACAAGGUGAAGUCUCAGGAAAUGAGCGGUCCUCUAGCGAUUACGUUGCAUGCAACGACCUUCUUGCCUAGUGAAUAGAUGUUUUUGUUAUGACUUGUGGAAACAGUCAGCCAGCCAGCCCACGAUUGACGAUGCUUACAAUUUUACCAGUAAAGUAGCUAUGGCGAUCGUUUUUGACGAGGUAAACCUUCGCAAAAUCCCGCUAGCAAAAGUCGUAACGCGUAAUAUAAUAGACGUUAAAUGCUAAGCACUGAGUAAAUUCUCUCCCGUAUGGAUGACGCACGCCAACAUACAGCGCACCCAUAAAAACCUAAAAUAAUGCACAUUAUUCAGCUAUGCUAAUUAAAGUGACGGAAAACAGAGUUUGCGACUAUUUACUCCCAAAAUGACAAUAGCUACGAGGAAAAUAAAGUAAAAUUGGGAAACUAGAUAUAAGAAACAGCUGUGAUAUGCCUGGACUGGAAACUGUAGUGGAAAAACUCAAUAAUAUCAACUAAUUUAUAAUAGUUCCAGUACAAAAAAGCGUUUCGGCGAAAGUAUCCUUGUCUUUCAUUAUUGCGGACGCCAUAUACCAGGUGGAUCAAAAGUCUCCGAAGUGUCUCGUCCGUGUAUCGUAUACUUGAAUUCGCCUUUCGCUGCAGCAAUCUCCCUAUUUUCUGCUUCUUUCAAAUAGAUAAAGUAUUAUAGAGUUCGCAACUGCUCAGAAACUUCUUGGGCCACCCAGUAUAUUAGCUACAUGUGGGUUUCACAAAAAGUGACGAAAUCGCUUCAUGGAACGAACGGAACUUCGCUUUUUUUUUUCGACGCCCAUAUAGGCUAUGAUGUACGCUUCUUUAUCGAGAGGGUUCAAGUAAUCAGCUUAGAAAUCGAUCCUAUUUGCGUGACUGUUUUACAUUUCUACUAAAUUUCUGACUUUCUUCUUCGGUUUUGGGUGCUCCUUACUAACCCAGCAAAAAAUUAGCGAAACAAAUAUAAAGCCAGAUAUUUUUCCAAAGAUUUUCUUGGUUUGAUCGAAAGCUUGUGUCAUUUUUUAGUUCUGCAUUAAAGUUAUGCGCAUAGGAUUACAGUUUUAACUGCUAACUGAAAGCAGUAAACACAAGGAAGUCAGAAGUUACUGCUUACUUAGCAAUGAACAAGCUUCUCAUCUAAAUAAUAAACGACAUAUGACUAAAUAAAACAUAUUAAA